GAGAUGUCGACCACAGAGGGCUGCGGCCUCGACUGGCUGAUCUCUGCACACUCGUCCUCCACGAUGGAUCUCUUCAAAGCUGCUCAGACGUAUGUCGACAAGCUGCUGGAUACGAAGGCGUCUGCGCACGAGGUCAGCGGGGUGUAUGACUCGUCUGGCGGGAAGAUGAAGAUCCUGCUGCUCGACGCUGAAACCACUUCUAUAUUGUCGAUGAUUACGACGCAGUCGCUGCUGCUGAAGAACGAGGUCUAUCUAAUAGAGUAUGCUACUUCCCUCUUUGCAGCGACUUUUAUCUCUACAGCAACUAACAACGUACACACCAGCCGACUAGAUAAUCCCAACCGAGAACGAAUGCGACAUCUAAAAUGCGUGGUGUUUGUGCGGCCGACGACCGAGUCUGUGCAGAUAAUUGUCGACGAACUGCGGGACCCAAAGUACGGCGAGUACGAGCUAUAUUUCUCAAACGUCAUAAAGAAGAGCGCGCUCGAGCGCAUGGCGGAGGCGGAUGAUUACGAGGUUGUCAAGGCGGUGGUUGAACUAUUUGCGGACUAUCUCGUAAUCAACAAAGACCUCUUUGGACUAAACCUCUCAGCACCAGAGCAGUGCAUAUUCGGCGACGCCCCCGAGUCCUGGGCGCCAGGUCCGUUCAUGCGGUCGGUGGAGGCAAUCACCUCGGUGCUACUAACGCUCAAGAAGAAGCCUAUAAUUCGCUACGAAGCAAACAGUCCUCUGGCCAAGAGUCUGGCGAUCGAGACGCUGUACAAUAUCCAACAAGAUCCCAAGCUGUUUGAUUUCAGACAGAUGGACACGCCGCCAGUGCUGCUGAUACUUGAUCGGAAGAAUGAUCCCGUGACGCCGCUUCUCACGCCCUGGACGUACCAGGCGAUGGUGCACGCCUAUCUUGGAAUCAAGAACGGGCGCGUGGAUCUGUCAGGGGUGCCGGACGUGCGACCGGAUAUGAAGGAGAUAGUGCUGGCAGCCGACCAGGACCCGUUCUACAACGACAGCAUGUUUAUGAAUUUUGGCGAUUUAGGAGCGUCGAUAAAGGAGUACGUUGACAAAUACCAGGCGCGAACACGGUCGAAUAUGAAUAUCGAGAGCAUUGCGGACAUGAAGCGGUUUGUGGAGGACUACCCUGAAUUCCGCAAGCUGUCGGGAAACGUGACGAAGCAUGUGACGCUUGUGUCUGAGCUUUCGAGACGGGUGAAUACGGAUAACCUGCUGGAGAUCAGCGAGCUCGAGCAGAGCCUGGCAUGCAACGACAACCACGCGCACGAUCUCAAGCAAGUCCGUCUGUUCCUCUCACACAAUCUCCCGGACGAGACAAAGAUAAGGCUGGUGGCGCUCUACGCACUGCGCUAUGAGCGCGGUGAGCAACCAUCGCAGCUGCCGUCGCUGCUCGACCAACUCAACCGCGCGAACGUGUCGCCGACUAAACUGCUCGCUCUGAAAACAUUACUCCGGUACGCGGGCGACAAGGAGCGACAAGAAGAUCUGUUCAAAGCAGACUCGAUUUUCUCGCGCGCGCAGUCCGGAUUCAAAGGUCUUCAAGGGGUCGAGAACGUGUACACGCAGCAUGUGACGUUACUCGAGCGCACGCUGGGCGCGCUGGUGAAGGGUCGGCUGCGGGAGAACCUGUACCCGUUUAUCGAGGGGGGCGGUAGUUCGCGGGACAAGGCGGCGGACAUUGUUGUGUUUUUCGUGGGCGGGGUGACGUAUGAGGAGGCGAAGCUUGUUGCGCAGAUUAACGCGUCCACGCCGGGGUUGAGGGUAGUUGUGGGUGGGACGGCGGUGCAUAGUAGUAAAACGUUUAUGGAGGAUAUGGAGUAUGCGAGCACAAAGUGGCAGUGA